CCGAACCUGCAGGCCCCGGCGUUAGUGGAGUUGGAGCAGUUACCGCCCUAAGGGCUGCAGCAGCUUCUACCCGUUUUCCCGCGCCUCGCAGGGCUUCUCCCAGUGGCGCUGCGGGUUCGGAGGGUCGGCCGGCAAGCACAGCAAAGUCAACAUCGAGGCAGCUGAGCUCCCAGAGGAAUGUCAAUCUGCCUGUCUUGAGGACUUGUCAAUGGCCUGUUUCUUAAAAGACAGAAGAAUGGAGGAAUCAGUGAACCAAAUGCAACCACUGAAUGAGAAGCAGAUAACCAAUUCCGAAGAUGGAUAUGUAUGGCAAGUCACUGAUAUGAAUCGACUACACCGGUUCUUAUGUUUUGGUUCUGAAGGUGGGACUUAUUAUAUCAAAGAACAAAAGUUGGGCCUUGAAAAUGCUGAAGCUUUAAUUAGAUUGAUUGAAGACGGCAGAGGAUGUGAAGUGAUACAGGAAAUAAAGUCAUUUAGUCAAGAAGGCAGAACGGCAAAGCAAGAGCCUAUGCUCUUCGCACUUGCCAUUUGUUCCCAGUGUUCCGACAUAAGCACAAAACAAGCGGCAUUCAAAGCUGUUUCUGAAGUUUGUCGCAUUCCUACACAUCUGUUUACUUUUAUCCAGUUUAAGAAAGAUCUAAAGGAAAGCAUGAAAUGUGGCAUGUGGGGUCGUGCCCUCCGGAAGGCUAUAGCAGACUGGUACAAUGAAAAGGGGGGCAUGGCCCUUGCUCUGGCAGUUACAAAGUAUAAACAAAGAAAUGGCUGGUCUCACAAAGAUCUAUUAAGAUUGUCACAUCUUAAACCUUCCAAUGAAGGACUUGCUGUUGUAACCAAAUAUAUUACAAAGGGCUGGAAAGAAGUCCAUGAAUUGUAUAAAGAAAAAGCACUUUCUGUGGAGACUGAAAAAUUAUUAAAGUAUCUGGAGGCUGUAGAGAAAGUGAAACGCACAAAAGAUGAACUGGAAGUCAUUCAUCUAAUAGAAGAACAUCGAUUAGUUAGGGAACAUCUUCUAACAAAUCAUUUAAAGUCUAAAGAGGUAUGGAAGGCUUUGUUACAAGAAAUGCCUCUUACUGCAUUACUAAGGAAUCUAGGAAAGAUGACUGCUAAUUCAGUGCUUGAACCAGGAAAUUCAGAAGUAUCUUUAGUAUGUGAAAAACUGUGUAAUGAAAAGCUGUUGAAAAAGGCUCGCAUACAUCCAUUUCAUGUUUUAAUUGCAUCAGAAACUUAUAAAACAGGUCAUGGGCUCAGAGGAAAACUGAAGUGGCUCCCUGAUGAAGAAAUUUUGAAAGCUCUGGAUACUGCUUUUUAUAAAACAUUUAAGACAGUGGAGCCUACUGGAAAGCGUUUCUUGCUGGCUGUCGACGUCAGUGCAUCGAUGAACCAAAGAGUUUUGGGCAGUGUGCUCAACGCUAGCACAGUUGCAGCAGCAAUGUGUAUGGUUGUCACACGAACAGAAAAAGAUUCUUAUGUAGUUGCUUUUUCAGAUGAAAUGGUACCUUGUCCAGUGACUACAGAUAUGACAUUACAACAGGUUUUAAUGGCUAUGAAUCAGAUCCCAGCAGGUGGAACUGAUUGCUCUCUUCCGAUGAUCUGGGCUCAAAUGACAAACACAGCUGCUGAUGUCUUCAUUGUCUUCACUGAUAAUGAGACCUUUGCUGGAAGUGUCCAUCCUGCUGUUGCUCUGAGGGAGUAUCGAAAGAAAAUGGACAUUCCAGCUAAAUUGAUUGUUUGUGGAAUGACAUCAAAUGGUUUUACCAUUGCAGACCCAGAUGAUAGAGGCAUGUUGGAUAUGUGUGGCUUUGAUACCGGAGCUCUGGAUGUAAUUCGAAAUUUCACAUUAGAUGUGAUUUAACCAUAAGCACCAGCAUGAUCUAAGAGGUCCAUUGCCAUCAGUGAUCUCGCUAAAAAUAUGUAGCUACUUCCCAGCUGAUCUUACUUAAUCCAGUGAUGAUAAGAUGAUAGUAUAGGAUGUGCGUAUGUUACCAAAAAACAAAAACAAAAAGGAAGGAAAAAUAAGAUGAGCCCAAAGUUCUGUCUACUAAACUAGCUCUUGGGAAAUAGCUUCAGCAUACACUGUAGCUCCUUCUGUCUAACAGAGAACUUCUUAUUGAUAGAUACCAUAAAAUAGUCAAACAGUUUUGCUGUGGUUAAUAAUUACAUUUAUAGUUAAAAGAAGUAAGAGCCAAAAGUGUAAGUAGUUCCACAUCAUGUCACUUGUUUGAGAAGUGCUUAAAAUUUUCUUCAAUGUUUGCAUUGGAAAAGGACAGCUUUGGUAAUGUCCAAAUACUCUGAAAUGCACUGGACCAUGUAACUGUGAUGGAAUAUGAAAUUCAUCUGUAAAUUUUUAUACCAAGGGGUUUUAAAAAAAAAAAAGACAUUUGAUUAAAUUAUGAGUGAGUUUUACAGAUUCCUUGGAGUUUUCUAAGAUCACAUAAAUAGCAGCUUUCAUACUCAAUGAAAAAGAUACUUUGAUUCUGAUAUUUUUACACUUGUAGGAUUGUUAACAUUAACAAGAAACAUGGUGGAGACCCCUGAGAAGAGACUAUAAAGUUUGUGUCAGGUGAGGGUCUAUCUGGUUUACGUUUUGUUUGUUUUGGUGCAUUUUAUUGGUGUGAGCAGGGCAUGACUUCACAAUUUUUGCUAAAAUGUAACAUAUCCACAUGUAAUCACACUUUUUUCUCACACUCUUAAAUGAAAAGGACAUACAAUGUUUUAAUCAUUUAACUCCCCCACUCAUAAAUCUGAAAGUAUGACCAUUAGACUCUCAACUAUAACCAGAUUAGCUUUUUCCUUUAAAAUAAAUAUUAUUCUAAUUACCUUUAUUUUUUUAGCCAAUUGUAAAUGGGUUUUAGAUAUUUCCUAAUUGUAAACAUGUCAGUGACAUAUCUUUUUGUCCAUUCAUUUGUGACAAAACAUUGUUUUUUGAUAGUAUAAAAAAAAUAAUAAAGCAAGCUAGGUCUUUCAGGUUUGAAAGUCAACUUUUGAGUAACAUUAUCUCUAGUCUAUAAGAAAAUUUUUUUCUAUUUUAUUUGUGUAUAAACCUUUUCACUACACGAAAGUGCAUUAUUUUCUUAAGCAAAUGUCCCUUCUUUCUGGGGUGGUUUAACCUAUUGAAAUGCCAAUAUCUCUGCUCAUAAUUAUAUCAUGGUUGUUUAAGAGAACAUAAAACUUCAAUAUUUAUGUACUUUUCAUAAUAAUGAUUUAUUGAGGAUUUAUAAUGCUCUUCUCACUGUCAUGGGAAAGUCAGACUAGUAAAUGUAAAUUAUGGCCUUUUGUGUACUUAGGAAUUACAGGUUUUGUUUGGAGUACCAAGGGGAAACUUUAGUAGUGUUAGAAUUUGUGAAGAGAUCUUCUGUUUUAUAAGAAAUUUGGGCUCUGGAAGUGACAAGAAAAUGGUCCCUUUCAAACUUACUUGACAUACUAAUGCUGGCUCUAUUACGUAGCCAUUCCGCUGGUAGCAGUUUGCAAGUAUGAUUUAUCUGAGAUUUUUUUUGGUCAGCAAAGUAGUGCACACACCCCACCACCACCUCUAUACUUUGCUUCUGGUGUCACUCUGCCAAGCAUUGGAUGUAAGGUGUUAGCUACAUUUGAUACAUUAAAAUAUAUGUUCAGAUUGAAUUUAAAGUUUAAAGAGCCUAUUAUAUAAUAGUAUUUGGAGUUUCAAAGUAAACCCAAGAUCUUAAAUUAAAAAUGACAACAUGAUCUAACUUUAUUCCUAAUAGAAAUGUUAACUGGAAUAAAGCAUAAAAGUUUCUUUCCUUCAGUUAUGUACUGGUCAUAUAGUGCUUCUAGGUGUUCACAAGCUAACAGUAAUAUUCAGUCCAUCAGAGAAGAUUAGAUGUCACUUUUUUGAAAUAUUUAGAUACAUACAAUUAACUGGAUUAGGAUAAGAUUUAGGGAAGAAAAAAAAUAUAAAGGAGGCCAUUAUAGAAGGUAACUUUAUUUUCAAAUCAUGAAGUUUUAGAGCUGGAAGAAACCUUAGAAAUUUUUAAAAGUUAAUUUUUAUCUGUAGCCUAGGGAUCCAAGGUCUAAGAGAGUAUGGCUUUGGAGCACUAAAUCUAGCAGUCUGGGCUCUUCAUUCCCAUUCCAGAAUUCAUCUCCCUACAAAAUGGGUGACAUAAAAUUAUUCAAGACUUUUAUCUUUUUAGGUAUUAGGAAAUAAUGUAUAUACAUGAUUGGUUUAGUAGUAGAAACACAAAUUGUGAACAUGUAUACUUUUAUAGGUCAUAGUAACUCUCAAGCACAAUUAAUGUCUUAAUAACUUGUGUUGCUAUAUAUAACAUAGUCCUAUAGAAAAAAAUUUAAAACUUUACCUCAUUAUGAGUAAAAUGUACUCAAGUGAUAAAGAAGUUUUAUUUUCUGAAUUACUUUUAGGAUUAUUGCUACAUUAACAUUUAUGGAAAUGUUGCUUUUAAAAUAAAUCAAUCCUAAGAAAAACAACUAAACUUUAUUUCCUAGAAAAUAUGUAAAUAUUUUCAGGAUAUAGUUGUAAUUAGUGAAACUAAAACUAAUCUUAAAAUCCUACCAUUCCUUAUUAGUUGAAACCUCCUGAAAAUUCCAUUAACACUAUUAUAUAUUAUUUAGUUUAGUUUUAUGGGAACAUUAGUGAGGAAGAUGCCAGUGAGUGGAAUUUAGUGUUACCUCUUUAGAACCUCUUGCUUUAUCUAACUUACUAUGUGAAUGUAGACAACCAAUUUAACUUACCAAUUUUGUUAUCUUUAAAAUGUAACCUAGAUGAUGAUUGGAUCUUAGAAGAAUCAACUAUUUAAUAUCUAUAUAGAAGUUUAAAUUAGGAGGAGGGCUUGCAAUACAAAUUAGAAAUUUUUUUAAUUAAAAGCAUUCUUCACAGGAGUUAACAUAUUUUGAACAAAUGUUUAGAAAAAUAUUCAGUAGGCUCAGUAAUUUGUCAUUUUAACAAAUUUCCUGUUCUGAAUGGGAAAAUGUGAAAGAAAAACGUUUAUUAUAGUGAAGGUGAGUGUUGACUAAGAAGUCAGUAUUCUCUGGUCAAGAGAAAGGAACAUAUUCCGAGUCUCAGAUCCGCCUGGAUAGACCUAGAAGAACAAACUUAUAGUCUAAGUGAAGAAACUAUUAAUAAGCAUUUGAUUAAUCUUUUAACAGGUAAAUCCACAAAUGAUAGAAUAUAAUUUCGUCAGGCUUUUCCCCUCAUUUUAUGAGAUUUUGCAGAAAUAAUAUAAGAUCGUUCUGGAAAUUUAAGGCACAAUUCCUGAAUGAGUCAGAGGAUCUGACAUUUCAGUGCAGAACAUUUUUAAAAGUACAUCUAAACCGUAAUUGAAGGGAAAUCACUGUGAUCACUUACUGGAAGUGCCGUAUUUGACCUAAAGAUCUCAUACCCACAAAGAAAAAUGUCUUAAAAAGUGAUGCCCUUACAGUAAGUUACCAAAAAUGAAUUUCUCUUCUUGUAUACCACAGGUUUGGGGUGACUGGUUAAGGCAGUAUCCUCUCUAGAGAAAUGUCAUACGAGCUCAUGGUAAACAUACACAAGGAAGAAUUAGAAAGAAAAAAAAAGAUAACACUAUGAAUUUAGUUGUAUUUACUGUACAGAUUUUAUUUAGUAUUUUCCUAUUAUCUGCUCCCUAAUCUUAUUUGUUGGAAAAUUACUUUUAUACCUCAUUUUUUUCUUUUAAAAUUACUUUAUUCUCACAUUUGUGUCCUCUGUUUCUCAUCCUGCUCUCACCUGGGUAAUAAAAUGAAUGACACAAAAAUCACACAUAGUUAGGUUUGGGAUGAAUCUUUUUGCAGAUCUCCAUUUGCUCAAUAUAGAUUUAAGAUCAUAUUUUUUCAAAUUAAUAAUGGGCAGGUCUUUAGGAACAAUAAUUGGAUUAGUAUGUUUUCUCCCCAAAUCAAGUUACAUUGUAUAUCCUUUGUGUUAGAUGUUUGCAGAAAUUUUGUGGCCUUUGGGUAAGAUUAUUCAGCCAUUGUUUGCAAUUAUAGAUCUAAUUUGCUCUUAGAAAAAUAAUUAACUGAAUACUCUGAGCACAUCUCCAUGCUCAUAUUUCCAUAUAAUGAUCACUUUCAAAUCUUUCAUCUAAGUACUUCACUGAGCUUAUAUAUACAUCUUUUGUAGCAUAAAAGAUCUUGUAAAUAACUUGUAUUCACAUUUAACAUUUCUUUAAUUGGUAAGUGUAUUUGCUUUUGAAAAAUUAGGAAGUUAAUUUAAAAUUCUAUGGUAAUAUUUUUUCAUGUAGAAAUUUAAUGUAGUUAAGCAUACUGUUUGAAUAAAAUUAUAAUGUGACACAUUUUCCUAAACCCUGAAAGUGUCAAAUUAUAUUGGAAAUUGGUAGAAAAAUAAACUGAAGGAGUUACAUUGCAACAUCCUAUUACUACAAUUAAGGCAUUUAUUUUCAAUGAUUAUGAAUUUUGUAAAUACAAUGGAAAUACACAAGAGCUGUUUCUGAGCCUAAAGAGAUUUUUCCCUUUGCUUCUAUUUAAUUUAGCACCACCAUGUAUCAUAUUAACUUUAUGAACACAAUUGAUACUUAAUUUUAAAAUAUAUUUAGAUUUCUGUACUUUUAGAAGUUCAGUAAGAAAACUGAACAAAACAAAUGGUAAGUUAACUACAUUUCUGCUGGUUUCACUUAAUGAACACUUGGAUGGUUGAGGUAGUAAAUGAGGUAAAACCUUGCUAUUUUAUGUAUUAUUACCACAUAAAAUUGAUGAAUAUUGAAACUUAUGUUUAGAAUACUUAUUAGGCUUUAUUUGCAAUGUAAACUUUAGAAUCUAUAUACAGCCAAAUUAAGUUUAAAAUAUUAUACAAUGAAUAGUAAUCAAAAAUGUUUCUGUUGCUCUAUUAUUUUAAAUAUGGACUAUACAUAAUGUGUCUUGGUAUGACUAAACAAAGCUUUUGUAAUGCAUUUGAGUUACAUUUUCUAACUUUAUUGCCAGCUUCUGAUAAUGAAGAAAUUCUCCAAAGGGAUUGAAAUCCUCUUUUUAAAAAAAAUUGGUUGGGGGAAGGGUGUUAUAAUCUAGUUCGAAACUGUCCAUUUGCUUUAUAUAAAGGCUUUGAUUUCCAUAAAUGACCACUUACUAUUUAAAUUACACAGAAUAAUGCCUGCAUAGAAUAACAUUUAAGUAUGUAAGAGCCUUAAAGUGAAAAAAAUGAAUCUUGUGACUGCCUUAAAAUAUGACUAGCUCUCCAACAGGCAUAUUAGUUACUUUCCAUAGGGUCUGUUCAUUAAGUAAUGCCUUAAUAGUGUUAGUGUUUCUGAAGUACAGGAACUCUGAGGGUCUUUAGAGCUUUCAUUGCAUAAUGAAUGGAAAUUUAACGGUUGAGUUUCAUAACCUGAUUGUACAUUAGUAGUUUAAGCACCUAUUAAUAGGAUAAUCUGGGUACACUGAUAAGUUCUACAUACAUGACUGUUAACAUCACUAAUAUUUUGUGGUAGUUUAAGGUUUUUUAUUGUUUGGUAUAACAAACUAUCCAAGAAGCUGGACUUUAUGUAACAUAAUCUCCAAGGACCAAGCUGCAUAUUUAAACACCAUGAAUGAAAAAUACAGAUGUACAGUUUCAAAAAUGAUUAAUUUUUUGAGGGAAUUUUUGAAAACAAAAGGCAAAUACUGUUUCAAGCCUAUAAGCAAAUUCAUUCAAAGAAGUGAAUACAGUUGUAAAACAUUGCAAUUGUUGCAAUAAAGAGUAUCCAGGCCAGUGAUUUGUUUAAUUACAUUCACAUUUUUACAUUCACUUUGCCUUUCAAACCAGGAAUAUUUUAUAAAAUUGAAAGAAAACUUUAAAUUGUCAAGCUGGUGCUUAAGGAUACAAAGUUUGAUUUAUACAAGUUUCAUUUCAAAGGAAGGGACCCUGGAAAGGGGGGUGGGAGGGUUCUUAGCUCUGUUGAUAAACUUACUGAUGCUUUGUUGAGUCUUCCAAGUUUUCACUGUAAAUAAUAUACCUAACAAUGUAAUUUUGCUGUUUUUCUGAUACAAAAUGGAUGAAAUACUAAAGAAUUAAAUUUAUUUCAUGAUAAAAGUUUUCACCAAUACUGUGAAA